CAACGUAUGAGGCUAUAUUUUGCAAAAAUUGCAGAAAACCAUGAUUGAUGACAAUUUGAUGAUGUAUGCAUUAUAAAUGCUAUUAACCCAUGCCCAGUCCAGUCAGUAUUAAUUUGGCUUUUAAACGGUUUUCAAGUUUCAUGUUGAUGAAUUAAAAGGCUUCCAAAUGAAUAAAAUCAUAAAAGUUUGGCUUAUGAUAACCGUUGCUCUAAGCAUAAAUUAUCUAGCAACAGCACAGGAAGAUAACCCAUGCCGAGGAAACGAGGAAGGAGUACUUAAAGUUCCCGAUCCGAACGAUUGCAACCGCUUCUUCAUCUGCAUACGCGAGGAACCUUUUCCUGCGGAAUGCGGUGAUGGAUUGAUAUUCGACGUUCUCACUGGCAACUGCAAUCACGAUUUGGUGUCAGUAUGUAUUAAAGAGCUUGAAAGUCCACCAACACCUUCCGGUCCAGGCGAAGAAACAACAGCGCCAGGAGUGACAACAACGGACGCUUCAGAAGAUACCACGACAACACCAGCUCCCCCAGCUCCAACACCUUCACCAGCAACAACGACUAUAUCUGAAGCUCCAACUCCUUCACCAACUACUACGACGACUACCCCGCUAACAACGACGACGACUCCGCUAACAACGACGACGACACCGCCGACAACGACGACGACCCCGCCGACGACGACAACGACAACAACACCAACUGCAUCACCCACCACCACAUCAACCACGCAAGCUCCCACCACCGCUCGUCCACCCGGAACACCCGAUUGUGCAGUGUAUGAAGAAUUCUAUGCUCCACACCCGGAUUGCACCAUGUAUUAUCGCUGUUUCUUCGGACGUCUGUUCGUGAUGUCGUGUCCCCCUAAUCAACACUGGAACCAGGAACAGCUCUUCUGUGAUCACAUAUGGAAUGUCCCGUGUCCAUCAUCGUGGAAAUUCUAAUUGCAUGCCCACUCCCAAUUGCCUUCGUAAUCUAAACCAUAAAAGGCUCAGCCGAUUGCCGAAACACGUGUGCAGUUUUACGUUGGACCAUGCCAUAAUUUGAUAACGUAUGUUUUUUUUUGUUAAUGCGCAAUUGUGGAGAAAUAAAAGUGGUGUCAGUUUAUUUCGCAAAUCACUAUAUCAUCUAAUUCUUUUAGAUCUAAAUUGUUUAGUGAGUGUGACCUUUUCAUAACUUUGGGAACACGAAUCUAGAUAAUUAAAUUGUUGCAUUGGUACUUCGCUAUCCCUUCUAGGUGCUCUGCUAGAGAGCGACCCUUCCAUCAUUUGAACUACAUGCUCAGCCCACAGCACAGUGGUCCGAAUUUACAAUUUAGGAAGACAAAAAUGUUUGUGGCUAAACCUUAUAUUUUAGAGCUACGAUGUCUUCAGGACAAAUAAUCAGUAUCAAAUAUGCCAUCUUCAGAUGUAGAUAGCUCUUAUUGUUAGGGUGUUUCAAAAAUUAUUUUCUGAAUGUAAAGAGAUAGAAUAUUACAGUCUUCAGCAAUAUUGUAGAGAAACUUAUGCCAAGCAAAUUUGCCGAAGACUAUGUAUCGCAAAAGGUUUUCAUUUUAUAGCUAUUUUAAUUGAGCAACUUAGGGUGUUCCUAACAAAAACUGUUUUUUGCUGCAACGUUAUUUUUUAUUUCUCCUAAACGGUGUCUUCAGAUAACUUUUAAAGCUCAUUGAGGCAAACGAAAAAAAAAUUCAUCUUGCAUUUCAAAGAGAAUACUUUCAGGCAUGUUUAGAAAAAAAACUGCGAAGGUGAUAUUUCUAAAAAAAAAUAAAUCGAGUUUUAAAAUUGUGAUUUUACUACUGAAAAUACCUCGCGUAGAGUCAAAAUUUCUCAAACAGGCCACCCGAAUUAGGUGAUAUCGCUAUUUCGAUGGAGGAACCAAUUUUUUUGUAGUAUGUGGCAUUGUGAAACCAAAUCUAGAUGGCUACUGCGAAAAAACUUGUUGGCCAUAAUAGCACAGACUAACAGACAUAACACUAUGAGAAAAUUCUUUAAAAAAAGUUUCGAUCUGCCAAUUUUACUAGAACGCUAGCGCCACCAUUUAUACACGGUCCCAACCACUCAUUUGCAAAAGGAUUAUCCCUCAGGCUCGGGAACAAUUUUUCACUAGUGGUCUAUUAGCCUAUUUAUUCAAUUAGGUCGCCCGUAGUAACUUAAUCAGUAGUAAGAUCACAAUUUUCAAUUUUUUUAGAAAUAUCACCUUUGUUUUUUUUUUCUAAACAUUCCUGAAAGUGUUCUCUUUAAAAUGCAAAAAGAAUUUUUUUUUUCGUUUGCCCCAAUUUUAGAUAUAAAUAUUUUCUUUAAUAUUGCUAGUGCGAUUAACCGGAAGGCAUCUGUCUAAAGAGGGUUAAUUGUCUACUAAGUCUAAUAAUAAAAUAAUAAAAAAAUGAAUAAUAAUAAUAAAAUAAAUAAAAUGACCAAAAUAACAAAUCCAA